GUGUGUCAAACGAAGCGGAUCAGUUGUAGCCCUGCAAAGGUUGCAGCCUUGCAUGGUGAUAUAAUGAUCUUCUGCAGGAGCUGCGUGACCACCAUAUUUUGCAGAGAACCCCCAGGCGAUCCUACAUGGACUUGCAAGAUACCGGUCAGAUUCAGUUCGGGCUUAUUUUCUGAUACUUCUCAUGGAUGAGGUCGUGAUGUUCCCCUACAUGCUCGAUAAUAAAUUAAUGAUCACCGUAUCGUUGGUCCGAGCACCAACCCAUCAACCGGUGGACGAACAACACCACCUUCCACGCACCCGCACCCACGAAUGUUCCCCUUCGAGACAAUCUGCCUUCCAUAUCGACGCAUCCCGGGGCUGGCGCUGCCAUCGACGCCAUUGCAAGGAAAGCGAGCAAACCGGACGGCGGAGAUUCUUCCGCAUAUAAAUUUCUAUUCGUGCCCACACAUACACAUCAGGUUCGUCGUCCACCGGAGCCGCGGUAUAAAUAACCACCCACGGUCCCCCCGUCGAGGCUUCGCCUCCCAAGUAUCGAAUAGAAAAAGAAAGAGGGGAUGUCAUGGCUGGCGAGAUCUCUCGUGAGGUCGCUGAGCUCCGAUCAUGGCGACGGAGACGGCGACGACGAGGAGCGGAUAAAGGAGAAGGCCGAAUCGCCGUCUAAAGAAGCGGAACCCGGUGAGGACAGCCCCGUGGAGCCCGGAACCCCGACGAGGGGCGUCAAGGAGGACCUCUCGGAGCUCACCAAAACCCUAACCCGCCAAUUCUGGGGCGUCGCCUCCUUCCUCGCCCCGCCACCGGCGUCGGAGAAGCCCAACCCUCCGAGUCUCCCCGAGAUGGAUUCCUCGGCCUCUGAUCGCGGCAGGAGGUCCGAUUCCUCCGAUCCGGCGGCAUCCCUCUACGCCGAUGAGGCGGCGGCGGAGUCAGAGUCGCCGAGGAUCGCCGGAAUCCGGAGCGAUUUCGCGGAGAUCGGGGGGAAGUUUAGGAGCGGGAUCUCGAUGCUGUCGAAUACCAUGGCGGUGUCGGAGAUCUCGAAGAUUGCGUCUACAUUUCUGCCGUUUGGGGCUGAGGAGGGCGAGGAGGACGGGAGGGAAGAGGCGGAGGAGGAGGAAGAUAAUGUUGAGGUCGGAGCGGUGGGGGUUACUGAGGAGGUCUUGGCAUUUGCGAGGAAUAUCUCGAUGCAUCCAGAGACGUGGUUGGAUUUCCCAUUGUUCCAUGAAGACGAAGAUUGCGACGAUUUUGAAAUGUCAGAUGCUCAACAGGAGCAUGCAUUGGCCAUUGAGCACCUUUUACCCAGAUUAGCAGCUCUGAGAAUUGAACUUUGCCCGUAUCAUAUGAGUGAAGGGCGCUUUUGGAAAAUCUAUUUUGUACUUCUGCAUUCUAGACUCAGUAAGCAUGAUGCUGAACUUCUGUCAACACCUCAGAUUGUAGAAGCCAGAGCAAUUCUGUUACAGGAUCUACAGAAUCGAACAAAGAUGGGAUCUGAGAGGUCUGGAAGAGGGACACUGUAUAGAAAAGAGGAUGCCACUUCAGUUCCAAUUGGAGAACCCACUUCUGAUCCCUUGGUAGAUGUUGAAACUGAAAAGCAUCCAGUCCAAACAACCGAGGUGAACAUUAUUGACAAGUCUGUCAUUGAAGAACAGCUACCUCUGCAAAGUAAGACCAAGGAUUUGCCUAGCGAGACAUCUAAAGUCUCCAUUGUGAAGGACGAAGAGGAGGGUGAUGACUGGCUGGAAGAGGAUGUUGGUGAAAUGGGUAGCACAGGAGGUGCUGCUAUCCCAUUAGGACAUGAGGAAGAUGUAUCAUUCAGUGAUCUCGAGGAUGAUGAUGAUCGAGGCACACUUUUAAGCUCCAAAAGCCUUGAUGCAAAUAAUUCUCAAACUAAAGAUUCUAGAGGCUGGGUUCAGCUAAAUAAAGGUUCUGGGGGCUCAUCAAAGAGUGGUGACUCCACAAGCCCACAAUCCAAGGAAUCCAGUGAUUGGUUAAAUGUUGAACAUAUUGACGUGGAAUGAUAGACUUUGGAGUAUAUAUUCUGAGGUAUGGGCUUCUUUGUCUUUCAAAUCUGCAUGUUCUGUUUAUUUUUCUGUACAUAUUAGUCUUAUGGGGCACCGUGGAUCUUUCUGCUGCAGUUUGCAAUAUAUUUUUCAGUAUCUUUUGUGUUUCUUUUGUGAUAAUGGGUGACCUUACAUUCAGUUCCAAUGAAAUGCAUGCUCAUUUUGAUC